AUGGUCCUUUCUCGUGCCCUCGCAGCGGCCUCCUUGGUUUCCAUUGUCGUGGCCUCGCCUUUGCAACUUCAGGCCAGGCAGAACUCGUCGACGGCUUGCGCUGAGGUUGCAGCAUCCGUUGCCUCUCAGCCUGCGACGUCCACACCUUCUGUCGAUGCGAAGUUGGCGUACGAUUGCAUCACCAGUGUGCCACUUCACAAGGAUGAGGCUUUGCAUCUGCUUGAAGGCGUCGUGCCGUACUUCAGAUGGCAAUCGACCACGGCGUACCUAAAGGAUCCCCCUGCAGAGUAUGUAGAGAAGAUUCAGCCUGCCAUUGACGUCUGGGGUGGCUUAGAGAAGAUCAAGUCCAAGGUUGAGAGCGAGGAAUACAAGAAUGAGUUUGAGUUUGGAUUCGACCUAUAUACUCUGCUCCAACAGACACACGACGGCCAUUUCGUAUAUGUUCCGGAUGUAGUGGGCACAAUCUUCAAUUGGGCACGUCCGGUUCCUCUCGUUUCGGUGUCGGCUGAUGGCAAGGAGCUGCCGAAGCCCUACGUUUACGCCGAUGUUCUGGCUGAGUCUUACGGCAACGCCACUUUCAAGCCUUCUGUCAUUACCAAGAUCAAUGGCCAGGAAGCUACCGAGUUCCUCGAGGCUUGGUCACAGCGAGGCUCUCUGCAGGACCGCGAUGCCUUGUACAACAACGUCUUUUAUGAGCUUGCCUCGGUGUCUCUGGGGCCCACUGGAUCAGGUAUUGGAACCUUUGCUGGAAGUGGGCGCGGGAAAUGGGUAUAUCCAGGCCCAGAGACCGAGCUAGAGUUUGAAAACGGGACUACCGUCACAUAUACCAAUGUUGCGCGUGUCCUCGUGACACUCGAAGGCGUUACUGAUGGGGAGAGCUUAUACCAGAAAUACUUUACCAGCCAAGGAACUUCCACCACAUCAGACUUGCCUUCCAACUCUAGUGUUGCGACCUCGACAGCAUCCGCGAUGCCUUCGGCAACUACGACCUCGAUCCCCGCGCCAGGCUAUCCACCACCAAUCUACAGGGAACAGCACAACCUGAUUGGCGGAUACUUUUUGGAAGACGAAUAUUCUGACAUUGCCGUGCUCUCAGUCCCCUCGUUCGUGGGUAUCGACACAGCUGAGAUCGACUUCCAGCAAGUCACUGAGAAGUUCAUUGUAGCGGCAAAGGCAGCCGGAAAGACGAAGCUCGUCAUCGACGUGUCUGCCAACGGCGGCGGCACGAUCCUUCAAGGAUAUGACCUAUACAAGCAAUUGUUUCCCAAGGGCAUUGGUCACGCUGCUUUCGAUCGAUACCGUGCCCAUGAAAGCACAAAGCUUCUAUCGGAAUACCACUCUCGCCUCGCAGACAGCAUACCUCGUGAGCUAGUUGAUGAAAGUGCAAACGAGACCCUGUAUGCCCUCGAAUACGAUGUUAUCGCUUCUCCCUUCAACUACCAAUCCGACCUCAACGCGAGCGACGAGAACUUCCCGAGCUGGGAAGCUAAAUUUGGCCCCUUUGAACACCACGGCGACAACUACUCCAAUCUGUUUCACUGGAACCUAUCCGAUGUGCUCACGCCUUACAACUCCGCUGGCAUCUGGGUUCAUGGUUACGGCGAGCUCGCAAACUACUCAUCUGCCCCGCAGCCAUUCGCCAACGAAGACAUUGUUGUCGUGACAGACGGCUACUGCGCGUCCACCUGCACCAUCUUCUCAGAGCUAAUGCGCCAGCGCGAGGGCAUAAAGUACAUCUCUCUCGGCGGCCGCGCGAAGGAAGGCAUCACGCAGGCCAUUGGCGGCGUCAAGGGCACGAACAACGAUCCUUGGAGCUACAUCCAGUACCUCGCUCAGCUCGCCAUCACCAACCUCACUUCUUCGGAGGAAGAAGCAGCCAAGCUCAACGCCACCGAGCUCGGCGACUACUGGGACAACGUCGUCUUUGAGCGACAGGCGGUCGGAACCAGCGUCAACGUUAAUUUCCGCGACGGCAUCCGUGAUACCGACGAGACGGAGACGCCGCUCCAAUUUGUGUACGAGCCCGCGGACUGCCGCAUUCUGUACACCAAGGCGAUGACUAUCGACGUGACGGCUAUCUGGAAGGCGGUCGCUGACUCUGCAUUUGGCGGCGAAAGUCACUGCGUUGCGGGCAGUCUCGAUGGGUACAGUACAGGUACGCGCAAGGUGAAGAGGGAGUUGACGGUCGAAGAUCGGGCGCUGAGUAAGAGGAUGCAUGCAUGGAGGAGGGAGCUGAAGGCUGAGCAGUACCCGUUGGAUGUGUAUACUGAUCUGACGGGCAUGGAUUUAAAUAAGCGGGGUAUCAUGUGGCCUUGA